CAAUGGGAACACCAGCCCAGCCGCAGCGGGAAAGUAUGGACAAGAAGGUGAAGAGACAAAGAUGAUGAUGAUGAUAAUAUAUGGUUCCAAUCCCACCCCCUCUUCUUAUUUUCCCUGUUAGUUGACUUUCUUUCGGUUGUGCUUGCAUUGAGGGGGGCCACAACGAGAUCGAUUUCUGAUAUCAAUUGUGCAGCACGGUACUCCGUACAGAGUACAUUGAAACCAACCACCACACACACCCAUGGCGCCAAUCCACCUUUUCCAGAGUCGGGAUGACUCCAAUUGCCCCAAUUCCAUCUCCGGGGGUGGCAUCGCCGGUAUCGUUCUCGGCACGAUGGCAGGAACCCUGCUGCUCCUCUGGCUCUGGAAGCUUUGUGCCAUGAAUCAUGAGAUGGAGAGCGAGCCCGACUACGGGGAGACCAAUUUGCCUACCAACCGAGCGCGCCAUCGCCACCGGCAGCGACGGAGCCCGUCAUACUACUAUGUGGAGAAACCGAGGAGCUCGGUGAGGAGGCCAGCGAAAGUCUAUCUCAAUUGAUAGGGUGUGGAUGAGGAAUGGAA